UAUAAAAGGCUGAGGCACACGCAGGAUGGCUCAGAAUUCGAUUAGAAAGCCAAGUUAUAAGCCAUGUUUGAAGACAUUCAGCUAAUCUACAUGAACAUCAAGAUACUGCGAUUCUGGGCCCUCCUCUAUGACAAAAACUUGAGGCGUUAUGUGUGCAUUGGACUGGCCUCAUUCCACAUCUUCACCCAAAUCGUGUACAUGAUGAGUACGAAUGAAGGACUAACCGGGAUAAUUCGAAACUCAUAUAUGCUCGUCCUUUGGAUCAAUACGGUGCUGCGAGCUUAUCUCUUGCUGGCGGAUCACGACAGAUAUUUGGCUUCGAUCCAGAAACUAACUGAGGCCUAUUACGAUCUGUUGAAUCUGAACGAUUCGUAUAUAUCGGAAAUAUUGGGCCAGAUGAACAAGGUGGGAAAGUUUAUGGCUAGGGGCAAUCUCUUCUUUGGCAUGCUCACAUCCAUGGGAUUCGGUCUGUACCCAUUGUCCUCCAGCGAAAGAGUCCUGCCAUUUGGCAGCAGAAUUCCUGGUCUGAAUGAGUACGAGAGUCCGUACUACGAGAUGUGGUACAUCUUUCAGAUGCUCAUCACCCCGAUGGGCUGUUGCAUGUACAUUCCGUACACCAGUCUGAUUGUGGGCUUGAUUAUGUUCGGCAUUGUGAGGUGCAAGGCUCUGCAGCAUCGCCUCCGCCAGGUGGCGCUUAAGCAUCCGUACGGAGAUCGCGACCUACGGGAACUAAGGGAGGAGAUCAUAGCCUGCAUCCGAUACCAGCAGAGCAUUAUCGAGUACAUGGAUCACAUAAACGAGCUGACCACCAUGAUGUUCCUCUUCGAACUGAUGGCCUUUUCGGCGCUGCUCUGUGCGCUGCUCUUUAUGCUGGUUAUCGUCAGCGGCACCAGUCAGCUGAUAAUUGUUUGCAUGUACAUUAACAUGAUUCUGGCCCAAAUACUGGCCCUCUAUUGGUAUGCAAAUGAGCUCAGGGAACAGAAUUUGGCCGUGGCCACCGCAGCCUACGAAACGGAGUGGUUCACCUUCGACGUUCCACUGCGCAAAAACAUCCUGUUCAUGAUGAUGAGGGCCCAGCGGCCAGCUUCAAUACUACUGGGCAAUAUACGUCCCAUCACCUUGGAACUGUUCCAGAAUCUACUGAACACAACCUAUACAUUUUUUACGGUUCUCAAGCGAGUUUACGGAUGAACGAGCAAGGACCAAACUGGAAUAUUUUAUGAAAUAGCUUAAAUACUGCACAUGCAAAGACUCUCACGAUACGAUUUACCAUUUACUCUGGACACAAUCGAGCACAUUUUACAAUUGAAUAAAUCAUUAGUGAAAAGAAAAA